CAUGCUGUUUCACUGCCAGCCAUCAUUUCCUGUCUGUGAAAGUCAAACUCUUUUUGCAAGCUUGCUGAUGAUCAGACCCAGUAGCCUACGCAGCUGUAUAAACACAGAUCUCCUCUUCUCAUGAAGGGAGAAAUGGCGUGGCUAUUUAAAAAAAAGAUUACUCUGCCUUCUCCAUUGAUGGAAAAAGAUUGGAGAGAAAUCAAAUGGGGAGACAAAGAGAAGGAACUUAAAGCACUGAAAAGUAAAGUGCAGGAACUUCAACUCGGCAGUCCAGAUGUCCAACAUCUGCGGAUCCUCAUGUACGGACCACCCGGAGCCGGGAAGUCCAGCUUCGUCAACAUCGACAGCAUCUUUCAGGACCGCAUGACCAGUGCAGCCACUGUAGAUGCAGCAACUGAUGUCAGCUUCACAAAGAUGUUUCAAAUCCAUAAAAUCAGAAAAGGUAAAUCUGGACAACUGCCAUUUGUCAUCUGUGAUGUCAUGGGUUUGGAAACUGGUGACUCUGGAGGGGUGCAUCCUGAAGACCUUAUGAACACCUUAAAAGGUCACGUUAAAAAUGGCUACAAGUUGAACCCUAGAAGCCCCAUAUCAGACAGCGAUCCACACUACAACAGCUGUCCCUCUCUGGGUGACAGAAUCCACUGUCUCGUAGGCAUCGUCCCCGCUGACAAGGUUUCUCUGAUAGACGAUGACUUCUUCAAGAAGAUGAGGGAGAUAAGAAUAAAAGCCAGUGAGCUGAAAAUCCCUGAGGUCGCAGUGCUGACGAAAAUAGACAUGGCAUGUCCUGAGGUGCACAAGGACAUCACACUUGUCUACAGAAGCAAGAAGAUCAAAGAGAAUAUGCAGAUCUUCAGUAAUAAAUUUGGAGUUCCCAUGACCAACAUCUUCCCAGUGAAAAACUACCAUGAAGAGGGCAGUCUCAAACUUGAUUUGAAUGUGCUGAUGCUGUCUGCACUAAUUAACAUCCUGAACUUCGCCAACGACCACGUAGGAGUGAUGGCUGACUCUGAAGACAACUGAGCUAGUUUAGUCAGAACCAGAGAUAUGCAGAAAAAGGCAAAAUCGCUGUA